CUGUUUCCCCUGUACAGUGUACACUCACUUCAUCCAAAUUCUUAGAGGAAAUCUCUUUUCUAUCUCUUUGAUCAGAUGGUACUUGAAGCAUUGGAUUCUCCAAGCUCAGCUCCUCCUCUGCUCCACCACGACGACGUAGACCUUCGAUGUCUUGAGCCAUGGGAGAAGAAAAAGCGGUCCAAACGUCCUCGUAUAGAAAACCCACCUACUGAAGAAGAGUACCUAGCUCUCUGCCUCCUCAUGCUGGCUCGAAGCACCGACCACAACUCUCCGCCGCCACCGCCGAUGCUUGAGCUCAGUUACAAUUGUUCUAUCUGUCACAAAACAUUUUCAUCUUAUCAAGCUCUGGGUGGACACAAGGCCAGUCACCGGAAACUCAUCGGAGCUGACGAACAACCCACCAACUUCUCAACAACGCCUUCAUCAGAUGGGACUUCAGUUAAUUCAAGUGGCAAAACCCAUUCGUGUUCUAUCUGUUACAGAACAUUUUCCUCCGGUCAAGCCCUGGGCGGACACAAACGGUGUCACUAGGACGGUGGCGACGGCGUUUGCUCAGCCGGAGGCACGAAUUCGAGUCCAAGUCAGUGUGAUUUUUUGACUUGAAUUUGCCAGCCUCACCGGAACCAAAAGCUGGCCUAGUAGACUAGAAUUGGAAAUUUUUAAAAUUUUUAUUUUAUUAGAAUUUUCUCUUUAUGCCUUCGAAAUUUUUAUUGUA